UCCACAGCCCACUGCGUCGACGGCAGCGAGAACCGGCCCUCCAUCUUCACCAUCCGCUACGGCAGCCUGAAGCAGACCGGCGGCACGCUGGUGAACGUGAAGAAGAUCAACAAGCACGAGAAGUACUCGAGCAGCACCAUCGACAACGACGUCGCCAUCCUCGUCCUCUCCGCCUCGAUCAGCCCCUCCGACAACGCCGGCAUCAUCAGCCUGACGGCCAGCGCCCCCGCCGCCGGCACCAAGGUCACCGUGACCGGCUGGGGCCGCACCAGCGCCGGCGGCUCGCUGCCCGCCGACCUGAAGAAGGCCGACCAGCUGGUGGUGAAGAGCCAGCAGGACUGCCAGUCGGCCUGGGGCAGUGUCAACGCCAUCACCGCGCAGAUGCUCUGCGCCCACGACAAGCAGCAGUCGGCCUGCAACGGUGACUCCGGCGGCCCGCUCACCCUCAACGGCGUCCUCGUCGGUGUCGUCAGCUGGGGCUCCUCCCAGUGCCGACACGACGUCUACCCGAACGUGUACGCCAACGUCGCCACCCUGCGCACCUGGAUCCUCAACAACCAGUCUUAA